GCAUUUAAGUGCCUCGUACGUGACUACCUCCACUGUUAUUGUGCUGCUCACACCGACAGUAGCAUCGCCGCCGUACUGGCUGUCCUCUGGAGCAUCUCUAACCGAGCAACAGCUGUUUGUAUGAAGUUAAAACCCGACUUACCCGGCACAAGAAACGACUGUCGAGAUGGAUGACCUGGGGAAUCUGACCAGUCCCCAAACCGCCGCCCUGGUCGUGUUUGCCUUCCUUCAAGCAGACUGUAGGAACUCAGACUACAGAGAGGAGCUGUUCUCCCUGGGCCAGGAGGAGAAUCUCAUACGGGACAUCAACUGCAAUAACCCCCGGAGAGACCCCCGGAGAGACCCCCGGAGAGACUCUCCGGGCGAUGGAGACCUUGAGACUGACGGUCAUCUGGCCAGCUGCAUCACAGACUCUCUGGGGGAUAUACUGCCUUCCGUGGAACUGCAGCUUCCCAGGAACCACGCAGAUGCAGCAGCCAUACAGCUGGUUGCAGAAGGACUGAGAGAAAUUGCAGCCCACUUUGAACACAACCGUUCUGUGGCUCAGGCUACCCACAACCUGCAGCAGAACAUAAUGGCCGUCCCCUCUAAGCCGUGGAAAGACUACCUUACCCAGGAAGUGGACAGGCUGAUAAACCAGGGCGUGGGUCUGGAGCAUCUAGCCCAGGAGCGAGUCAUCGCUGCCCUCGCUCUCACCCUGGUGAAGGGGGUGUGCGAGCAGGCCCCUCACCUGUUGAGGAACCUCUUCAACACGGCACUGCAGUACAUUAGCUCUGCGUUAUCCAGAUGACUGUUGAGCUUGCAGGCUGAGAGAAAAAUUACUUGGAAUACAGCUAAUUCUGAAACUAUCUGCCCAUGACCAGUCGACCGUGAGAUGAGCUGCUGUGUUUGUCUAACAGAAGUGAGAACACUUUUCAAAUGAAAGAAAGUGAUGUUGAAUUAUCAUAGUUUGAAAACAAUUUGUUUGUGACACUUGAAUUUGUUUCAUUCCGUUAUGUGCUUAGAAUCGCAUUGCCUCAGUUGACUGUUAACUUUCUUUAUAUACUUGAAUUACACAAUUACUUAUUAUUCAGUUAAUUUACUUUUGGCAUUUACAUGUAUGUCUAUUGUGUCACUUGAAUAAAUAUAUUUUUCUUGGGA